CAGUGGAGCUCUGAGUUUCGUUUCUCUCUCUCACAUUUCGUGCCCAUCGACACGGGAGAGGACCCCCCGACCGUGACAGGUCGAACGCGUUUGGUUUGUCGAGGUCAAAACUUCGGAGAAAAUAAAUACUUCAUCCCCUCACGUCUGAAAAUUUUCUCCAAUCGAAAACACCUGGUCAGAAGAAUCAGGGGGACAAUUAUUACCGGAUAAACAUCAUUCCGAAAACGUUAUCAGUGCGCCAUGCCGGUGACGCCCUUCCCUUUCUGAAGAAUUAGUCAUCUUUGGACAGGAAUUGAUCAUCGAACCUCUGUUGCAACAACAACAUUAGCAUCUCAGUGGGUUUAAUUUUACUGUUGAGCAGCCAUGGACAACAAAGGGCGUAAGGUCAUUGUUUGUGAUAAUGGAACUGGGUUUGUCAAGUGUGGAUAUGCUGGUGCUAAUUUUCCAGCUCACAUAUUUCCAUCGAUCGUGGGACGUCCCAUUAUCAGAGCGGUGAAUAAAAUCGGGGACAUCGAUGUGAAGCAAGAACUUUGCGUUCGUGACGUGCUUAACAUGCCUGAAUUGAUGGUGGGGGAUGAAGCGAGUAAACUACGAUCGCUUCUGGAGAUCAGUUAUCCCAUGCAAAAUGGAAUUGUCAGGAAUUGGGAGGACAUGUGCCAUGUGUGGGAUUACACAUUUGGCCCUGAGAAGAUGAACAUCAAUCCACGAGAGUGUAAAAUAUUGCUGACAGAGCCGCCGAUGAAUCCAACAACAAAUCGAGAAAAAAUGAUUGAAAUGAUGUUUGAGAAGUACCAAUUUGCAGGGGUUUACAUCGCAAUGCAGGCAGUACUAACUCUCUACGCCCAAGGGCUGAUAAGUGGAGUUGUAGUGGACUCUGGAGACGGUGUAACCCACAUCUGUCCAGUCUACGAGGAAUACGCGCUACCGCACUUGACUCGUAGACUCGACAUCGCUGGGCGAGACAUCACAAUGUACCUCAUUAAGUUGUUAUUGCUGCGGGGUUAUGCUUUCAAUCAUUCUGCUGAUUUCGAAACUGUUAGGAUGCUGAAAGAAAAAUUGUGUUAUAUUGGGUAUAACAUCGAGACUGAGGAGAAACUGGCGGUUGAGACUACUGUUCUUGUAGAAUCUUAUACUCUGCCUGACGGUCGAGUAAUUAAAGUCGGUGGUGAGCGUUUUUCCGCUCCUGAAGCUCUCUUCCAACCACAUUUAAUAAACGUAGAAGCUCCAGGGAUCGCAGAACUAGUAUUCAAUACCAUUCAAUCCGCAGAAAUUGACAUGAGGAGUGAAUUAUACAAGCACAUUGUGUUGAGUGGGGGCAGUACGAUGUACCCAGGACUGCCCUCGAGGCUCGAGAGGGAAAUAAAACAGCUGUAUCUUGAACGAGUGUUGAAGAACGACACGUCCAAACUAGGGAAAUUCAAAAUUAAGAUCGAAGAUUCACCCAGGCGUAAAGACCUCGUCUUCAUGGGUGGAGCUGUCCUAGCAGAGUUGACAAGAAAUCGAGACUCAUUUUGGAUCACGAGAGAGGAUUACCAGGAGAAGGGACUGAGUGUGUUGAAACAAUUGGACAAUUACGAUUCGAAAUAAAUAGGGAAAUUCAAUUCUUUGGAAAACGACGAAUGCAGCCAAAAGAAUUCGCGGGGACCCACGAGAGAGAUCUCCCAACAAAAAAUUUAUUGGGGAUGAAUUUUCAUUCUCAUCGAUAUCAUCCUCACGAGUUGGCAGAGCUAGAUUAGAGUGCGACUUUUUUACAUUUUUUUGUACAUGUUUUGUAUUUUGCGUGUGAACAGGGGAAUCAAAUUCAAUCUUCUAUUAAAUGUGCAAUUAACUUAUUCAUUCAACUAGAAUUAAUCGUACUUUAAUAAUGUCAAUUCACUGAGAUGAUUGUCAGUUCGAGUGAAAAUUCAUUACUUCAAUUAGAGACUCUUGUGAGAGGAGUAGAUAAACUUAUUGCGCUCUUCAGCGUUGUGUAAAUAACGUGCAUUUUCAUUCAAUAUUUGUUUUAAAACGUGAAAAUUCCAUUUUUGUUACAGUAAUGAUUAUUUUACCUUUAAUUGAAUAAUUAAAUACAGAAUGAGCUCAAAAUGUCCAUUUAUUUUCAAUUAGGCAGGAUCGCACUGUCAGAACUAAGCAAUAUUAUAUGUAUAUUUUUAAUUAAUUUUUCGUAAUAGCAUAAAUCUAGAACAGUCUUUAUUAAGUUUCAUUCAUUAUUUGCUCACAAUUUUACACAAUUCUCUUUCCACAUUUUCUUUUUCAUUGUAUAAAUAAAAGUAACAAUAUAAAUUGUA